GUAUUCUCGUAUUCUCUUUUCUCUCCAUCUCAUCUCGAUGUAAUAUCCUCCAUUCGUUUUUAUAGACUCACACUGGUUGACCUUGAAAUGGCAGUCCCACCUUACACCUUUUUGAUCUGUCUGACCGAGAUGUGAUCGGCGUAAGCGGGCGCUUACUCACAGGUUGCAUCUUGACUCUGUACGGUGACUCUCUUUCGGACUCCAGCUUGAGAUUUGAAAGCUUGCCUUUCCAUUCUCUAUCUAACCAUGUCUGUGGUAUCCAACGCCCUCGAAUCCUCUUCUUCCCGACCGCCUCGCUCAUUAAAUCGCCAAACCGUACUCGAAGAAGAUGAAUAUACCGAAGCUCUCUCGCACAUCAUCGCACGCGACUUCUUCCCCUCCAUCGCUCACUUGGAUGCUACCAAUGACUAUCUCGACGCACUUCGAUCUGAUGACCCUCUUUUGAUCAAUGCUUCCGUACGCAGACUCGAGGAUUUGAACACGCCCAUCACUCGGAUGAGUGCACGUACGUGGGGAACUCCGUCACAGACACCAUAUCGUAUGGGUCCCCUCGAGACACCACUGCGGACACCACAAGAGGCGGAACCACCGACGAAGCGUGCUCGCUAUGAUAUCGACAUGAGUUUGGAUACCUUCCAAGCACGAUAUACGUCCGAGGACAAUUCUAGCUUUACUGAGAUUUUGGAGGAUGAGAAUAGGAAAAGGAAGGAGAAAUAUUCUUGGGCUUGGGAGGCGCAGAAACGGGUGGAGGCGCAAAGGGAUCGGAUGCUGGAGGCUAGGGAGAGAUUGUUGAUCGAGCCACCUCCUGGCGUUGGCGUUAGGGAGAAGUUUGUGAUAGAGGCACCGGAGGUGAGGGGAAUGAUAACAGCGUCAGGGGAGUCUGAAAGGGCGACUGCUGUGGAAGGAAAAGACGACAAUGUUGAAGGGGGUGAUGAAGACAAAGAGAAACAGUUAGCUGUGGUUCCGACGGAGGGCGAGAGUGAGGGCGAAGUGGAUGUAAUGGCUCCCAAGAAGGACACUCGUCCUGCGGGCGUGGAUGGAUGGAAAUUCAAGGCUCGUAAUGCGCUGAUGUUUCCUCCAGACGCGGAUAUUUCGCCAUACCACCCUCUCACUUCCAAGACGACGGAGGACCUCAAAGUGGCAGCCAAAAUCAUCAAAUACGACAGUACCCGUCUCCCCGAACAAGAUAAUAGGCCCACAGAUUCAAUAUCUGCUCCGCCUAGUCCGACAAGAAGUAGAAUUGACGCAGCAAUUGCCGGCACACCAUGUAUGUCAUUGACCAGCUUUAUACCGACUCGUUCACUCACAGAGUCACAGAUCGACCUAGGUCGCCGAAUGGCGGGAACUUCACACUCGUCCCUUCUGUACCCACACCUUCACCUGCAGAAAUGGGUCCAGCUGCGGUCAAGCAACUUAUGACAUGGGGGACAAUUACAGGUACCCCUCGUAUCCUGUCACAAACGGAUGAUCUUGUAGAGUCAUCCUUGGCGCCCCAAAAUACGCCGUUCCACAUUGUUGCCCCUUCUGCACGUGAACGAAUAUCCCAACAACUAUCGGCGAAAGCAUCCAAGAGCCUCAGAGCCAAGGCAGAGCUUUUGGGUGUACCUAGUGUUACUCGAACACCGAGUUCGGUCAAAGGUUCAGCGAGGAAAGGAACUAUGCCACCGCCUUCUUGGACCCCUCGCAGAGCGGAGGCCCCAGGUGGACUGACACCCGCAGCAAGGAGAUUGCUUGACCGGUCGGCGAUGGGGACCGCAGCGUUAAGACGGGCAGAAGUAAUGGGGCGAAGUUCGGCUUGGGAAGGGACGAGUGUAGCGAAGGAGAAGGAUCUAAACCGAGUACGAUGGACGCCGACACCUAGCCCUGUGACAAGAAGAGGAGGUUGAACGCCAUGGGAUAAAUUUUACAUACGUUAUUAUUCAUAUAAGCAUAUCUCCGGACAUCGUCUCAGCAUACCUUACACAUUACGAUUCAGAAUGAGAAUGUAUCAAUAUUAUACAGGGAAUCAAGGGUCAUGAUAGACUCGGCUUUGAUAGCUU